AAAAAAAGAACGCAAUUGAUAAACUGCGAUGUCUGUUUCUUGCGUUUCGAUUCUGUCAACACCGUUAAGACACAUUUGUCCACAAAUUAAUCCCUCUCACGGUCCUGUCUCUCCUAUUCUGAUCUCAACGGCAACAUGGCUAUUCUGAUGAUGGUGGGAUUGAGCCUAUUGGACUUCCUCGUUGCGGGCCUUUCCUUGUUCAUUGGCUUGGCCUUCAUCGCCUUCAUCGCCUCCAUUCUCUGUGCCGCAGCUUUGUUCAACAACGUCAAAGACGUUUCCUCCUGAAUCCUACAUUCAACGCAUCAAUGUGGCUGCCGUGUCUGCAAUUCCUUACAGGAGCAAGGUUACAACGAAAUCGGAACUGGGCUGCGAUUUAAAUUCAGGGUUUGUUCUUAUGCACUUCUUGGGGUUUCUAGGUGCAAAAUAGCUAAGGAGAUGUGACUUGCAAUUGAAGGUGAACAAUGCACUAAAGCUAGAGGAAAACCGGGAGUUAACUUGCACUUUCCCCUUGAGUUGCGUCAGCUGCUGCAAGCUUGUUGUAAUCAAGACCUGGAAAAGGUUGGACCAAGAGAGGCUACCUGCUGUAGCGAGUUAAGCACUCCAAUGGUUAUUUCUGAAGAACUGCAGCAAUCUACAAUAGAAAGUGAGGAAGAAGAAGCUAGCUGCAUGGGGAAACUUGUCACCUGCUGAAUCAAGGAAAGUGAACUUGGAAGGAGCUGCUGCAUCAAAGCUGACCUGUUGUAAGAAGUAGAAACAACUUGUAAUCAUAGGUUAAGCCAGUUUUAUAGGUAGCUAGGUAUAUAUAGGAUUUUUCUGAACUUAAUUAAGAGUCUGGAGUUUUCAAGAGUUAGAAGCUUGGGCAAAACAAGAUAAAUCAAAGGCUGGUAAUGUGAAGUGAAGAUAUGCACAAUCUGCAGAGUUCAUUUUCUACAUUUGUGACGUAACUUUUCUCUGAAUUUACAAGUAUCUUUGGACUACAUAGCUAGCUACAGUGAAUUGUAAUUCAGAAACGCAGCUAUCUUACUCUCUCAAUCUUUCUAGCAGUGCUCUGUUAGGGUUUAACCCCAAUCUUGAUCCAGUGAGCUCAGUCUCGUUUUCUUGCUCCAUCUUUUUGGCCUAUCCUUAGAACUGUUGUGCUCACUAUUUGCAUAUCGAAGUUUUCUGCUAGCUCUUUCCAGAUGUGAGAAAUCCUCGUGGUCAACAAGGAGAUGGUGAUUCCGCUGCAUAGCAUGUCUGGGCUGGAUUCCGUUUAAUUGAACUUUCUCUUAGGGCUACGACCCAUGUAUUGACUUGUCCUUUAAAUCUCUUUUUGAUUUCUGUUGGACUUUGUAUCUUGUCUUGUUUGGGCAUCAUAGUGUGCCUUGGAUAUUGUAAGGAGUAAUGUUUAUACUCCAGGACCGCACUAUUAUAUUAUUCUGUGUGACACUUCAUUUAAUUAGGAUUUAUUAAUUAAAUGGGACGUUACAGGUAACGAGUA